AGGGGGCGCCGCAGCCCCGGACGCCUCCCAGCUGAGGAGGAAGGAGCAGAAGUAGGUGAAAGGUGAAGGCGACCUGUUGUCGUUCUGUCUGUCGCUGAUUCUUCUCCGCUCUCACCUCAACAUGCUGCACAACACCGGGAAGCUCGCCGGCUGCACGCUCUUCGUCACGGGGGCGAGCCGCGGCAUCGGGAAGGCCAUCGCGCUGAAGGCCGCCAGGGACGGCGCCAACAUCGUGAUCGCCGCCAAGACGGCGGAGCCGCACCCCAAGCUGCCUGGGACCAUCUACACCGCCGCUCAGGAGGUGGAAGCCGCCGGCGGCCGCGCCCUGCCGUGCGUCGUGGACAUCCGGGACGAGCGGCAGGUGGGAGACGCCGUGAAGAAGGCCGUCGACACGUUCGGAGGUAUCGACAUCCUGGUGAACAACGCCAGCGCCAUCAACCUGACGGGGACUCUGGACACGCCCAUGAAGAAGGUGGACCUGAUGCUGGGAAUCAACCUGAGAGGAACCUACAUGACAUCCAAGCUGGUCAUCCCUCAUCUGCUGAAGAGCCGCUGCCCUCACAUCCUGAACCUGUCGCCUCCGCUCAACCUCAACCCCGUCUGGUUCAAGAACCACACCGCUUACACGAUGGCUAAAUACGGCAUGUCCAUGUGCGUCCUGGGAAUGGCCGAAGAGUUCCGGGGUCAGAUUGCGGUCAAUGCUCUGUGGCCCAAAACUGCGAUCCAGACGGCGGCCAUGGACAUGCUGGGCGGCGAGGGCGUCGGUAAGCAGUGCCGAACCGCCGACAUCAUGGCGGACGCGGCCUACGCCAUCCUGUCCAAACCCACGGACUACACGGGACACUUCCUGGUGGACGAGGACGUCCUCAAAGCGCAGGGUGUCCAGGACUUCGACUGCUAUGCCGUCCAACCAGGUCAUCCUCUGCUGCCGGACUUCUUCCUGGACGAGACACCGGAGACCGUGGCCCAGCAGAUGGAGCAGCACGGGGCCACGCCCGCCUUCAAACCCCCAACGCCGUCAGAGGCCACGCCCCCCUCCGGCUCGCCAAUAGAAGGCACGUUUGACGUCAUCAGAGGAGUCAUCAACGAAGACGUGGUCAAGUCGACACAGGGCGUCUACCAGUUCGACCUGUCAGGGGAGCAUGCUGGGGUUUGGUUCCUGGACCUGAAGAGCGGCUCUGGCAGCGCGGGACAGGGUCCGCCCCCCUCCAAGGCCGACGUCAUCAUGACGAUGAGCUCCGCCGACUUCAGCAAGAUGUUUGCAGGGAAGCUGAAGCCGACGCUGGCCUUCAUGUCGGGGAAGCUGCGGAUCAAAGGAGACAUGACGCUCGCCAUCAAGCUGGAGAAGCUGAUGGGCCGCAUGAGCAAAGCCAAGCUGUGAAGCCCCUCCCACUGCGCCCAGGCCCCGCCCCCUCACGUCCCGGUGCCUUGCUCGACCCAGCGGCCUGCACCGUCUCUGCCGUGCAGCGGGUGGAGCCGCCGCAGCUCUACCUGCUGUCCCGAGGACGGAAUGCAG